AUGGCGGCCACCAAGUUUUUAUUGAAUGUUCUGAAAACUGACUUCAGUUCAGGGGAACCAGACCCAGAGACGUCCAAACCAGCGAGACAACACCACUGCUCCCACUGUGGAAAGAGUUUUAAGUGUUUAAGGAAGUUGAAAGUACAUGAGAGAACGCACACAGGAGAAAACCCUUACGAUUGCUCUCACUGUGGAAAGAGUUUUACCAAGUUAGGGAACCUAAAAGAGCAUGAGAGGACACACUCAGGAGAAAAGCCUUUCCAAUGUUCCCAGUGUGGAAAGAAGUUCACCCAGUUACGGUACCUGAAACAACAUGAAGAAAUACACACAGAAGAUAGGAAGACAUACCACUGCUCUCAGUGUGAUAAGAUAUUUACUGGGUUAGGAAACCUGAAAAUACAUACGAGAAUACACUCUGGAGAGAAGCCUUACCACUGUUCCCACUGUGGAAAGAGUUUUACUCAGUUAGGGAGCCUGAAAACACAUGAGAGGGGACACACAGGAGAGAAGCCUUAUCACUGUUCCCACUGUGGAAGGAAUUUUAGGUGGUAUGGGAGCCUGAAGGCGCAUGAGAGAAUACACACAGGAGAAAAGCCUUACCACUGUUCCCAUUGUGAAACGAGGUUUACCCAUCGAGGGAGCCUGAAAGCGCAUGAGAGAAUGCACACAGGAGAAAAGCCUUACCAAUGUUCCCGAUGUGAAAAGAGCUUUACCCGGUUAGGGAGCCUGAAAAAGCAUGAGAGAAUACAUACAGGAGAAAAGGCUUUCCAACAUACUAAUACACAGGAGGAGAAGACAUACCACUGCUCUCAUUGUGAAAAGACAUUUUCCAAGUCAGAGGAUCUGAAAUCACAUGAGAGAAUAGAGAGGCUAUGUUCUGACUUAUGUUUUUGAUUGAGAAAUUGUGUUUUUGUUCAUGCUACAUGAAAUCUAAUUGUAUGAAUGAAAUCAUACAGAAAAAUAGGUCAACAUUUUUUUCCAGCUCUAGACAAGAUCAUGUCUAAAAUCAGAUUCAACUAGUUAAAAAUAUAAAUAUUAUGUUUUGAUUAUGAAAGUAAGAUUGAUUGUAUGCAAGUGUAAACCCCUAAAUGUUGUUCACUAUAUAAUUUGGAUAUUUCAAAAAUGUUAAUUAUUAAAUAGAUGAAUAUAAUUAGUAUUUCUUCAUUCAGAUUGUCAUUGGUUCUAAAUUGACUCUGAUUAAAUAAAAGGUGAAAUA